CGCUCAUCUGCAGCUUCUGUGUCAGUCGAGUGACGGAACUUCUCCUGAAGCCGUGGUGGCGGUGGCCAAUUUCGCAGAUAAUUCAGAACGCAUUCUAUCAAACUAAAGAGCGAAAUUCCUACGCCUUCCGUCCGCGGAUAGAUGAGAUUUGUCCAGUCUAAAAAUAAUCCCCGCAUAAUCAAAUCAUUUAGGCUAUCGUGGUUAGUCUCGUGCGUAGUUCAGCUAGUUGACAAGAUGUUCUAAGCGGAACGCAACGUGUGUGCAGCGUGCAGUCGGUGAUAGUUUUCGGUUGUGGUGCAUUUCAGAAUAGGUAUUUUCGUAGUAUUUUUUCAAAAGUGCACUUAAUAACCAUGGAAAGCCCACCGGAGGAAAUCGUGCAAACCAGACUGUGGUUCAAUACAAUCGAUUAUGUGAUAUUUUUUGCGAUGAUGGGAAUGUCGGCGUUGAUCGGAAUAUACUACGGAUUUUUUGCCAAGCAGAAGCAGAACAACACUGCCGAAUAUUUGCUUGGGAGUAAGCAGAUGAAAGUGUUCCCGGUGGCGAUGUCGUUGACAGCAACUCAUGUAUCCGCUGUUACGAUGCUGGGCGUCCCAGCCGAGAUGUACCGAUACGGCAUCCAGUACUGGGCCUGCUCCAUUUCGGGCCUCAUCGUUACCAUCUUUAUGGUAUACGUAAUUCUGCCGGUGUUCUAUGAACUGCAGGAAUCGUCUUGCUACGCUUACCUGGAGCAUCGAUUCAGCAAACGGGUCCGGUCGUUGGCUAGCUUUUUGUUCGUGCUGUACUGCCUGCUCAACACUCCGGUGAUUAUAUACACUCCAGCGAUAGCAUUUAGUCAAGUUACUGGAAUCAAUUUGCACGUUAUCACGCCAGUCAUAUGCUGUAUUUGCAUUUUCUACACCACUUUCGGCGGAAUACGCGCUGUGAUAUGGACAGACACACUGCAGUUUGGAGCUAUGCUUUUAGCACUUUUCGUUGUGGUGAUACUCGGAACGCUGCAGCUAGGUGGAUUUAUUAACAUUUUUAAACUUGCCGAUGCAGGUGGUCGGUUGAUUUGGUUCAAUAUGGACCCAGAUCCAACUUUAAGAUCAUCGUUUUGGCUGGUGUCAGUAGGACUUACAUCAAUGUGGAUCUCCAAUAUUGGGGCCACUCCAGAGUGCGUUCAACGGUUUCUAACCGUACCAGAUAUACAAAGUGCCAAAAAAGCUGUGUGGAUAUUCGGUAUCGGACACAUUAUCGUAAAGCUAUGCUCCGUCUACAAUGGUCUAUUGAUAUUUAGCAAAUACCACGACUGUGAUCCCGUUAGCUCCGGAUUGGUAAAGAAAAACGAUCAAAUAUUCGCCUACUAUGUGCUGGAUGUGGCCCAGAAAAUCCCCGGGCUACCAGGGUUGUUUGUGGUGGGAAUUUUCUCCGCAGCACUAUCUACAAUGUCCACCAGCAUAAACACACUUUCCGGAACGAUCUACGAUGAUUUUGUCAAGCCACAUUUCAAAUUUAAGGAAUCCACCGCCAGUAACGUAAUCAAGGGUAUGGUCGUUUUCAUAGGAGUGAUUUGCCUACUGCUGGUAUUCGUUGUUGAGAAAUUGGGCAGCGUGUUUAGUUUAGCGAUUUCAGUAUCCGGAGUAACAUCUGGUACACUUCUAGGGAUCUUCUUCCUAGGGAUGUUUUCACCUAAAAUUAAUGCAAAGGGAGCUUUUUGGGGCGCAAUAAUUUCCCUAAUCACAAUGUGUGUGAUCGCUGCUGGGGCGCAAUUGGAAAUCUUCAAAGGGAAUCUUAAGUAUCAGAGUUUACCGCUGCAUUAUGAUGGCUGCCCUGGAUUCAACUCUACUGGAUCCGCAACAUCUACCUUCUACAUCGAUGCCGAUGGACAUGAUAAUUCCGAAGUACCUUGGGUGUUCCGAUUGGGCUUUAUGUACUAUUCGCUGUUGGGUACAGUAAUAGCCAUUGUUGCCGGAGCAGCAAUAAGUUACUUCACUGGAGGACAGAAACAACCAGUUGCGGAACAGCUACUAACACCUUGGGUCCGUCCACUUUACCGGAAAAUUCAAUGCACCGAAGAGUACGAAUGUAGGAUUACUAAAAACCAAAUUUACGCCAUCAAGGAGGUGCAAAAAAUGUGUAAAUAA